AGCAAAGGAAAAUCCAUUUUCCAUUUUUCUAGACGCGGACACAGGCUCUGAGUAUCGUGUGCGGCGGACGUCCUUGUCCUGCGUGCGUCGUUUGCUUGCGCUGACGGUUUUUUGGUCUUCAGCUGCACACGCCACCCCCCUGCUCCAGAGGCACCUGGCAGGAGGCACGAGAAGGCAUCAAGCAUCGAAAAGCAACCGACGUCACGCGGACGCCAUGGCAACCACUCUCUCUCUCUCUCUCUCGCUCGCUCUCUGUCGCUCUCUCUCUGUCUAUGUUUCUGUCGCUCUGUGUGAAUGGAUGGGCCAGUGAAAUGAAUUUCUGAGAAGAGGAGCCCCCCAAUCAAUCCAGAAAUAAACUCUGCACCCUGCUGCAAGGUGGCUGCCAACGGGCAAAAAGGGAAGCUUUAAAGAGAGCCACGACUGUGUGACUGUGUGUGUGGAGGGGCUUCGUCGUAUUGGUGGGCGGGCGGCCACUUGGUGGCCAAGAAGAGGGUAGAGCCACAAUCUGGUCGAAUCAUGAAACAUUCAAAUGUUUCCAUACACAAGGACAUGAUGGAAUUUGGCUAACUGCAGCAGAAGCGACUUACCGACGAAACGAAGCAGCCGCAAAGCAGCAGCGAAAAUAAAUCCAUCUGCACAACUGUAAUCCAAUUCGUGGGACUACAAAAGCAAUCAAAAUUUUAAGAAACGAAACGCACAACAAAAGAACGAACGAAGAACGGCAAGGAGGCAAUUCGCAGGAUAUUCCAGGAUAGCAGCAGCAGCAGCAGCAGCAGAGUCUAGAGUUAGCAGAGGUAGCAGCAGCCAUCAGUGGUCAUGGAACCUCCCGGUGGCGUGCCACCUGACAAGGAUCGACAGCUUGUGCUCAGAAAUACGGCUCAGUCGGCCCAGUCGGCUCUCGUUCCCAUUGUGGUUGCCGCACCCGUUACAUCCAGCCCACAGCAGCAGUCCAGCAGUCAAUCCACGCACUUGUCACAGUCCAUUAAGCCAACGACACUAAGCCUGCAGCCACAUGGCGUUGUGCAUGCCACGGCCACGCAGCAGCAGCAGCAGCUAUCUCCGUCGGCUGCCGCGAACAACAACGCAGCAACGGCAGCUACGGCAACGAGCAGCGGGAGCGGCAAUGCCAACAGCGGCAAUAGCCCUGCGUUGGCAUCCACCGCCACGGCCAUAUCCGCCACAACGCAGGCAGCGACCGCAUUUAGCGGCAGCUCCGUGGGCCACCAUCACUUGCAGCACCACCAGCAUCCGCAUGCACAGACGCAACCAGUUACGCAUCAACAACUGCUUCAUGCGUUGCCAGCAGCGUCAGCAGCAACGGCAUCUGCGUCACAUCACCAUCAUCACAGCUCCAUCUCCGGCCCAGGUGGCUCGGGCAGCGGGGGACUUCUUGGUGCAGGCAGCGGCAGUGGCAGCGGCAGCCAACAGCAGACCAUUGAGAAGCUAUCAAGACCGAUGGCCUUCGACAAGAUGGAAGUGCUGGUGCGCGAGAUGCAGGAUCAAGAACAUGGUGUACCCGUGCGACAACAGAAAAUGUUCCUUACAUCAAUACCAUACGCGUUUAUGGGAUAUGAUCUGAUCGAGUGGCUUAUGGACCGCUUGCAAAUUGAGGAAUCGGAGGCUCUGAACAUUGCCAAUCAGCUGUGUCUGCACGGCUACUUCUUUCCGGUGAACGACUCAAAGACGCUGACCGUGAAGGACGACUCAUCGCUGUACCGCUUCCAGACGCCCUACUACUGGCCAUGGCAGCACAAGGCACCCGAUAAUGUCGAGUAUGCCAUUUAUUUGGCCAAGCGAUCGCUUCGCAAUAAACAGCGCCAUGCGCUCGAGGACUACGAAGCCGAGGCCUUGUCCUCGCUGCAUAAGAAUCUGAAGGGCAAAUGGGAUUUUAUAUCGAUGCAGGCCGAGGAGCAGGUGCGCCUCGCCAAGGAGCGCAAGAAGGGGGACAAGAUUGUUGGGGACUCGCAGGAGCGUGCCUACUGGCGCGUACACCGUCCACCUCCAGGCCAGUUCACGCCCCUAGAGCCCUGUCCAGUGCCUUCGCGCGACCGUCAGGGCUUCAAGCCCAACAAAAAAAAGACUGUCGACGAUGUGCAGCGCGAGGUCGACUAUUUGAGCAAGUCGCUGAACCGAACGCGUAUGAAGAUGUCGCAGGCGUGCGAGUCGCUGGUCUGCUACUCGGAGACCUUCAGUGAAUACGACUUCUUUCUGCAGCCGGCAUUGCCCUCGAACCCGUGGGUCACCGAGGACAUUACCUUCUGGCAGCUGAACAACACCUUCGUGGACAUUCCCACUGAGAAGCGAGUCAAGCGGUGGGCCAUUUCGAUCGAGGAGCUCGUCUCGGAUCCCACGGGCCUGCAGGAGUUCACAACCUUCCUCGAGAAGGAGUACUCGCAUGAGAAUAUUCGUUUCUGGAUUGCUGUCAAUCGAUUGCGUCGAUCCGCCCACUCCCAGGUGGCACGGAAGGUCAACGAAAUUUAUGAAGAAUUUCUGAAGCCUGGCGCACCCUGUGAGAUAAACAUCGAUGGCAAAACGAUGGAGAGUGUGCUGCGCGGUCUUAAGAACCCCUCACGCUUCACCUUCGAUUCGGCCUCCGAGCACAUUUACAUGCUGCUGCUGAAGAAGGAUUGCUAUCCACGCUUCAUCCGAUCGGAGCACUACAAGCGACUGCUGGACACUGGCAUCCAGCCCUCGUAUAAGAAGCGCUUCUUCAAUUUCGGCGGCGUCAGCGGUGCCAAGAAGAAGAUGACAGCGGCCCUGUCCAGCCAGCCAAAUCUGGGCGAUGCGGGUGGAUCCAGCAAGGGAUCCAGCGGUGCGGGUGGCGGCCCGGGCUCCAUGAUGCAGGCACCCCCGCCAGGCAAUCUGGCACGGCGUCGUGGCAGCGAUCGCAGUCUGACGGGCUCGGCGCACGAGUUGGCUGUCAUUGGGGUGAACAAGGAUGCAGGUUCCAAGGUACCGCAUUCCCAUUCCCAGAGCAAUCUCAGCGAGAUUCCUUUUAGUAGCGAUUCUAUUUAUCGAGGCGAUAUGCCGCAGCGCCACAUGGCGAUCAUCGAUGUUGGGAUCUAUGCUGCUUACGGGAAUCGCGAAAGUAGUUUACAGGCACUUCCAGAAAACCCCAAGACGAAGUCCACCGCUCUUGACACGAUGGAGUCCGUUGUAUUAGCUGGCAACAGUAGCGCUGUUUGUCCCUGGGAUGAGCCGGUGGCCAUAGUUCCUCCAGCUGCUCAGGUGAAACUCUCUGUGUGUCCCUGGGAGCAGGAUACUGUAACAGAACCAGCGACAGCGGCGCCAGCGUCAACUGCGACUGCGACUGCAACUGCUACUGCGGUGCUGUCCAAGCAGUCGUCUGCUGUUACUGUACAGCCACUACGAUUGACUAGCACUUCUUCGGACAGCAGUGACGUGGCUGAUCGCUUGCAACGAAAUCUGGGCAUUCGGCACCAAAACACCGUCGACAGUGGCGAAACGAGCGUCAAACGUUUGACUCCCAAUUUUACGGAGCAGCGUCGGGCAUCCGUUUCAUUCACACCCAGCCGCAGUUCAGACUACCAGUUUGGGCGCACCGCCGGCACAUCCACGCCCACGGUGGCAGCCCAAGGCGUUGGUGUCGCCAGCAGUAAUCUCACACCACUGCAGGCUCGGAGUGCCGUCCUCGGUGGUGGCACUAGCAGUGGCAGUGGCAGUGGCAGCAGCAGUUGCGUUGCAGUUGCAGUUGCCGCCAAAGAUCAUCCACUGUCUGGUGCGGAUGUGGACACCGAAGUGGAGGAGGAACUAAACAAGCUGUCACAAGAGUCGUCGGCAUCGGAGCUGCCGGUGCUUAUCACUCCCACCCCCACACAGACCCCGCCGCUCAUAACAAAGAUCACGCCACCGCCCGAGGAGUGCACGUGCCCCCAAGUGGGUGGUCACACGACAAACUGCUGGCAGCAGCAGCAGCAGCAGCAGCAGAAAUCCGUCGAAAGCGGCGUGACACAGGCGAAAGAAGCAGCAGCAGCAUCACCAUCGUCAAUGACUAUGGUAAAGGAGGUGCAGAUCGAACUGAUCGAGUCGCGUGAUCUGGCCGACACGCCGCCCACCAUUAAGGUACUGGAGCUAGUGGCAAGCACUCCAGGCGCCCAAACCUUGCCCCCGGGUCAGAGUCAAGAGCCACUAACAACAACCACCGAGGAUGCCGCAUUGGCUGACGAUGAAACAGUGGAAGCAGCCCAGGCGCAGGUGCCCCUGUCAGAGGCGUCAGAGGCUUUGCAAGAUGAGCUUUCACCCACCACCGACGAGUACCAAGAGGGACUGCAAUUUGGCAACGACAGCAAGGACGUGGUCGACGACUAUGACAGCAUAGACAGUGACAUACAGCUGGGCUAUAUACCGCCCGCUCCCACCCCAGCACCAUCCAUGGCGCCGCUGGCUGAGCUGGACGUGGACACGAUGGUGGACGAUGAGCCAGCGGACGAGUACGAGCCCGCCAGCACAGAGUAUCCGCCAGUGGCAGUGCCAGUAGCUCCAACAGCAGCGGCAGCGGCAACGGCAACGGCAACAGCAACUCCAACAUCCAGCAAUGAUGAGGCGCGCAAGCGACGCAAGAAACGAAACUCUGAUGGGAAAAAGCACAGCUCGCAGGAGGACAAGGAUGCAAAGGAUGCAAAGGAUGCAAAGGAUGGUGGAAAAGAUGUAAGCGGAAGUGUCAGUGGCAGUGGCAGUGGCAGUGGCGUCGUCGUUGUCGAUCCGGAACACAAUGCGGUGUGCCCCUGGGAAGACGAGAACGUGAGCACUAGCGAUGGAACCUUCGUGAAGACAUAUGCCACAUUGGGGUACUUAUGAAUAAAACCAAAUCUGUUCAAGACGGUGGUCAACAAGUUGCUGAAAAGGAAGCCGCACAAAAAAUAGUAGGGCCUGGAUAGUUUUUAGCUUACCCUUACAUUAUUUUAUUAUUAUUAUUAUUAUAUAUACAUAUAUAUAUAGUGCAUACAUACAUAUGUGCUUAUGUGGCAUUUGUAUGUAUUUGAUUCAUGGGUGUAUACAUAUGUAAUAAUUGUUAAUUGCUUCGUGAGUCACAGUUUUUUUUAUUGCUGAAACUUCAAUAUACAAAAAGUGAAAUGAAAAUGAAAAUGAAACAAAAAGGAGAAACGAGAAAUGGGAAAUGUCUAGAGAAGUACAUGGUCUAGGUAUGUAUGUAUGUAUAUGAAGGAUCAUUCUUUUAUUGUACAAAAAAUGAAAAUGAAA